UUGGCUGGGUAAAGGGAGGUAGCGGUGCCGUGUUUCAAACGGCGUGGAAGUUAAAUUUCUGGACGGCACUAGUGCUGCCUCUGGAGAGACAUCCAAGUGGCGAGGAAGGAGAAGGCUCCGGGGACAUGAACCACAAGAGCAAAAAGCGCAUCCGCGAGGCUAAGCGGAGCGCCCGCCCGGAGCUCAAGGACUCUCUCGACUGGACCCGGCAUAACUACUGCGAGACCUUCCCGCUUAGCCCGACAGUCUGCAAGGACAACGUGGAAAGAGCAGAUGUGCUUCAUUUGUCAGUGGAAGAAUUCAUUGAACGUUAUGAAAAGCCUUACAAGCCUGUUGUCCUCCUGAAUGCUCAGAUGGGAUGGCCGGCUCAAGAGAAAUGGACUCUGGAGCGCCUGAAGCGCAAGUACAGGAAUCAGAAAUUCAAGUGUGGGGAGGACAAUGACGGUUACUCUGUGAAGAUGAAGAUGAAAUAUUACAUUGAGUACAUGGAGGCUACACAGGACGACAGUCCCCUUUAUAUAUUUGACAGCAGCUAUGGAGAGCAUCCUAAACGCAGGAAACUCUUGGAGGACUACAGGGUGCCCAAGUUCUUCACGGAUGACCUGUUCAAAUAUGCAGGAGAGAAGAGGAGGCCGCCAUACAGAUGGUUUGUGAUGGGACCACCUCGAUCAGGAACAGGAAUUCACAUUGACCCUUUAGGAACCAGUGCCUGGAAUGCCUUGGUCCAAGGACACAAGCGUUGGUGCCUCUUUCCUACUAGUACUCCAAGAGAGCUGAUUAAAGUGACCCGUGAAGAAGGAGGGAACCAGCAAGAUGAAGCCAUUACUUGGUUCAGAAUAAUAUAUCCCAGAACCCAGCUUCCCACUUGGCCUCCUGAGUUCAAACCUUUGGAAAUUGUGCAAAAUCCAGGAGAAACCGUCUUUGUACCAGGUGGCUGGUGGCAUGUAGUUCUCAAUCUUGACGCAACCAUUGCUGUCACACAGAACUUUGCCAGCUGUACAAACUUCCCUGUGGUGUGGCACAAGACAGUGAGGGGAAGGCCAAAAUUAUCAAGGAAAUGGUACAGGGUCUUAAAACAGGAACAUCCUGAACUGGCUGCUUUGGCAGAUUCUGUUGACUUACAGGAAUCAACAGGCAUUGCAUCUGAUAGUUCCAGUGACUCUUCUAGCUCUUCCAGCUCUAGUUCUUCAGAUUCUGAUUCAGAGGGUGAUUCAAGCUCAGAGACAGAAGGAAUGAUGCAUCGAAGAAAAAAGCGGAGGACUUGCAGCAUGAUGGAUAAUGGUGAUACAACCUCCCAUGAUGACUGUGUCAGCAAAGAACGCAGCUGCUCCAGGAUUAGGGAGUCCUGUGGAAGCCGUACUCAUCCCUGAAAGAUAACAAGAUCUCAUCUAAGACAAUCAAAGCCUGCCAGCUGUCUUCUGUUCCUCUCAUCUGCUGCGUGCUUGGAGAUUUCUUGAGUCUUCACUGCUUUUUUCCCUAAUCCAAACUUCUAUCUGCCAUCUAAGUCUUGCCUCCUUUCUAAUUAAAGGAGAGACCUCCAGAGAUCCCCCUGCAUGCUCCUUCUGCACCCCAUCAAACAAAUAAGCUAAACAUCAGAAGAUAAUGCUGCCCUCUGCAAGGCUGUGGCUUACAACUCUGUGCAAUUGGAAAAUGGGGAGUAUUUAUUCGCCAAAGUCGUCUUAAAAAUGAGCAAGUAGAUCCCGAAAGCCUGUGUCCUGUUCCAGCGUCUUCUCAUGUUUACACUUUGAAUUUCAUGCACUACAACUGAAUUACAGAUCUGCAACUUUUCCCAUGUGUAAUGGGCUGUCAAGUACUUUAACAGAGCAUGAGGAAGUGGAAGAGACUAGUUUGGUUCUAUUCACCUGAAGUGACUCUUCUUUGUAAAUGAUCAUCUGUG